UCCUCCGACAUGGAGAGGAAGAUGAGUGCUAUGGCUUGUGGCGUCUUCAACGAGCUUCGCCUGGAAGGAAAACUCUGUGACGUGACCAUCAGCGUGGACGGGGUGGAAUUCAAUGCCCACAAGAACAUCCUCUGUAGUUGCAGUCACUACUUCAGGGCUCUUUUUGCCAGCAACUGGAGCAACGUGGAGAGAAGAGUCUAUAAAAUCGAGGGCACUUCUCCGGAAAUGAUGCGGCUCAUCAUCGAGUACGCCUACAUCAGGACGGUGCCCAUCACUGUGGACAACGUCCAAAGUUUGCUGGUCGCAGCCGACCAGUUCAACGUCAUGGGCAUCGUCAGACUCUGCUGCGAGUUCUUGAAGUCCCAGAUGUGCCCGGAAAAUUGUAUUGGCAUUUACAGACUCGCAGAUUAUUGCUACUGCUCCGACCUGCGGGAAGCAGCCCUCAUGUUCCUCCUCUAUCACUUUGAGGACGUGACCAAGCUCUCCACAGAGUUUCUAGACCUCUCCGUUGAUGAGUUCAGACACAUCUUGGAGAAGGACGAGCUCAAUGUGAAACGGGAACAGGCAGCGUUCGAGGCCAUUCUGAAAUGGAUUGAUCACUCCCCGUGGAACCGAAGGCAGCACAUUGGGGUCCUGCUGGGCAAGGUUCGACUGGCGCUGAUGCACGUAGACUACUUCAUGAUCAAUGUCAGGAUGCACGACUACGUGAGGGACAACGAGGAUUGCAAACGUCUCAUCAGAAAUUCCCUGGCAGAAAUGUACGUCAUCAAUAUGUAUGGCCCAUCCUCUUCUGACUUCAGCCACCCGCUCUCUCGGCCGCGCUUGCCCGGUGCCAUCUUGUUUGCCAUCGGAGGCUGGAGCAUUGGGACUCCAACCAACGCCAUCGAGACCUACGAUUCCCGGGCAAACCAGUGGGUGAACGUCACGUGCGACCAAGAAGGACCCCUCGCCUACCACGGCACAGCUUACUUCAAAGGCUUCAUCUACGUCGUCGGAGGAUUUGACAGCUCGGAUUAUUUCAGCAGCGUCAAGCGCUUUGACCCGCUGAAGAAAACGUGGCAGCAGGUGGCCCCCAUGCACUCCCGGCGCUGCUACGUCAGCGUCGCCGUCCUCAACAACUUCCUCUACGCCAUGGGGGGCUUUGAUGGACACACACGCCUCAACACCGCGGAGCGGUACCAGCCCGAGACCAACCAGUGGACGCUGAUUGCCCCCAUGCACGAGCAGAGAAGCGACGCGAGUGCGACCACGCUGCAUGGAAAGGUCUAUAUCUGUGGAGGGUUCAACGGGACCGAAUGCUUGAUCACAGCUGAAGCGUACGAUGCCACCACCCACCAAUGGACCUUGAUUGCCCCCAUGAGCAGCAGAAGAAGCGGAGUAGGAGUCAUUGCCUACAGGAACCAAGUGUAUGCGGUGGGAGGAUUCGAUGGAGUCAACCGCCUUCGCAGCGCAGAAGCGUACAACCCCCUGGCCAACACGUGGCGCAGCGUCCCCAGCAUGCUCAGUCCUCGCAGCAACUUUGGCAUUGAAGUGGUGGAUGAUGUCCUGGUUGUGGUUGGUGGCUUUAACGGCUUUUCUACUAUUUGCCAUGUGGAGUGUUAUGAUGAAAAACGUAACACGAGGUACGAUCUUCAGGACAUGAGCAUCAACCGCAGUGCUCUGAGCUGCUGUGUGGUGCCAGCUCUGGCCAACGUCAGGGAGUACGUGGCCAGACGGGACUACUACAUGGACAACUCCUCAAAGGAAGUAGGGGUCAUUUCCUCCACAAGCAGCCUGCCUGUAUGAACAGUUCCACCGAGCUAAUAAAGUCCUUUGGGCAACAAGUGAAUGUAGUCACUUAUUCAGAAACCAAAACCUAUUGAUACAGCUCAAAAGACUCACUAGUUCUGAACCCUUGCCUUCCAGGGCACCACAGAACGUGCCCAUCAGCCACAGCCUACGUAGCAACUUCAGAAAGCAACGGACAGCAGAAUGCUAGAGAAAUAAAAGGUUUAUUUUCAUCUAUUCACUUACUACAAUAAACCUUAGUAAAGUGUACCGAAGGUAAAGAACAUUACAGCAGGGUUUGUUUCCAACAGCUUCUACACACAUCCUACUGGACCUCACUGGGAAUGGCUCCAGCAGUGCUGCUUCUCUGGGCAAUCUGCUGAAGUUGGGUACACGGCAUUCUCAGGGGUUAUU